UACGGUGCUUCAUCCUGUGAUGCUGCAGCGCUAACAGAUGAUAACAGAAAAUCCCGUCGACAUCACAUUAAAAGAGUGAUAAUGAUGGACGAGAGCGUCUCUAUAACGCAGAUUGUUCAGCGGCUCAAAGGGACUCAUUUACACUCUCAGCUGGAGAAACAGGCUAAAGAAUGUUUGCACAAACCUGAAAUUAAACUGGAAACGCUGAAAGAUGAUGUGAGAAGAUUGUUAAAGGCAUCAGGUUGGGAGAGAAAAUUACAAAAUGCAGUUUACAGGGAAUUACACAUUCUGCCUCCCCCUGGGCACCCUAGAGCACCUCCUGAACACACCAAAGAGCCCUUGGCAUAUAUGCGCAAAACCCAGGUGAACUGGGAGAAGAGGAUCCUGAAGAGUUUGAACAGUAUGUGCACUGAGUUGGGAAUUCCAUUGGCACGGAAGCGGCCAGUCCCAGAGCAGAAAGAGCUGACAAAUAAAUGGAACGAGAUGGGAACUGAUGAACCAGACCUAAGCAAAUUCAGGCCUGUCUACGCACCCAAAGACUUCAUUGAGGUGUUGGUUGGUUUAAAAAACCCAAAUAAUGAGCGCAGUGAAGAUCUCACAGUCAGAAGCCACUGGGGAUUAAUCCAGGUUUCCCUCAACGUCCGUGACAUUCCUCAAAUGAGGGAAAUGUAUCCAGAACUAGGUCUUACUUAUGGACAGCUUGGUAUAGACGAUCACACUCAUGUUCCUCCAGAUUUGUUUGAGAGUGAGCACAUUCACAUUGGAAAAAAAGUGGUGAGUGAGCAAGACAGUGCAGCGGCGCAGCAGUACAGCAGGCAGGGCUGCCCCACCGGUCUCAGGGCCCAGCUGUGGUCUCUCAUCCUGAAUACUACUAAUGAUCCUGAGGACAUAACGCAUUAUGAACAGCUGAAGGCUAGAGUCAUACACCAUGACCUGCUGGUGGACAACCUAAUAUAUAAGGAUGUGAAGCUUACUGCAAGUAAUGACGAUUACUACUUUGUGUUUGAGGACUAUUUAUAUCAAGUCUUGCUGUGUUUUUCUCGAGACACUGCAGUCCUGGAGCAUUUCAACUACAACUGCGCUACACCGCCUAAAUCUUGCAUCCAAAGCAAGUCUGGCUCAGAGCAGUGUGCUGUGGUUUACCCCCCGAAUGGUGUCAUUCCAUUUCAUGGAUUCUCAAUGUAUGUUGCACCACUGUGUUUCUUAUAUAAUGAGCCUUCGAAGCUGUACAGCGUAUUUAGAGAGAUGUAUAUUCGCUACUUCUUCAGACUACACUCUAUCUCCUCACAUCCAUCUGGUAUAGUGUCUUUGUGCUUGCAGUUUGAGAGAUUACUGCAGACUCAUCUUCCCCAGCUUUUCUACCAUCUACGAGAGAUUGGAGCCCAGCCGUUGCGUAUUGCCUUUAAGUGGAUAGUCCGGGCCUUCUCAGGAUACCUGUCCACUGACCAGCUCCUAUUGUUAUGGGACCGUAUCCUAGGAUAUGAUUCCUUAGAGAUAGUAGCAGUCCUGGCCGCUGCUGUCUUUGUCUUCCGAGCCGAAAACCUAAUGGAAGUGACAUCACUGGCAUCAGCUGAGGCUGUUCUUGCAGACCUCUCAACCCUGAAGGUGAUGCCCUUGCUGCAGAUCUUCCUCUUCGCCACCUCCGUCUGAGAAGCUGGCGGUGUGUUUGUCUGUUUUGGUGGCUGGAUGUUCCAGUCCAUUUUCAUUUGAUGUUGACUUUAAAGGGAUAGUUUACCCAAAAAUGAAAAUGUACUCACCCUCAUGUCAUUCCAAUGACA